AAAAAGAUGAGGCUACUUGGUCAACUAUUGAAGAAGAAGUUCUUGAAACUCUAUUCUCAUCAGUUGACCAAGAAGAUCCAUUAGAUGAUACAUUAGUUGUAAAAGAAAUCAAUAUAAAAUUAUGUUGA